AUGAACUUAAAAUCAUUUAAUUUCAAAAAAGUAUCUUCAACAAAGUUAAAUGGAUGGUUUGAAAAAGAGGAAAAAUGUUAUAGCAUAUCAAUGAAUAAAGAAAACUCAUUAAUAAUAGCUGGAUCGAAUUCUAAGAUAAAGAUUUACAAAUUUAACCCAAAGUUAUUAAAGAUGAAAGAAAUUUAGAUUCUAAAAGAACAUUCUGAUGAUGUAACUACAUUGAGUUUUUUCAAAACAAUAAUUUAUUCUUUUAUAUCUGGAUCUCGUGAUUUAACUAUCAUUAUUUGGUCAUGUUAAUAAUCCAGAAAAGAUAAAGAAAGUUUAAAACUCAAAUGGAUAUCUCAUCAUAAAAUAUAAGCUCACUCAAAUCCCAUAACUUGCUUAAUAUUCAAUCGAGUUGAAAAUUUAAUUAUCUCUGGUAGUGGUGACAAUAAUAUAAAGUUUUGGUCAUAUAAUUUUAAUGAAGCUAAAAUUUAUUAUUAAUAAACAAUUUAAGAGCAUGUAAAUUGGGUUUAUUCAUUGUCAAUUAAUAAUACUGGUAAUAAAGUUAUCUCUUGUGGUCAUGAUUAAUUAAUUUUAAUUAUAGAAUAUAAUAAUGAAUCUCAAAGCUGGAUAGUGAUAUAGAAAAUAAUGACUUAAUAUUUUGGUUAUCGUCUUUCUUUUAUCACUGAAGAUAUUUUCACCUUUUAGCCAAGAAGCUAACCUUAUUUUGAAGUUUAUAAACUAAACGAAGAAAGUAAAUAAUACAUCAAAACUACAUGUAUUUAAAUUUAAGGUGGUGAUGAAUCCUGUGUAAGUUUAUUUCCAUCUAUUUAUUGCCCUAGUAAAGGUCUUCUACUUUCAAAAAAUGGAAAAUAUUUAAAUUUAAUAACAAUUUAUUAAAAAGAAAACAAAAUAGAAUUUUUAUUAUAAUAAAGUAUUGAAAUGGAUGAUUAUUUAUUAUUUGGAACAAUGAAUGAUGAUGGAAGUUAUCUGAUUUCUUGGGAUGAUACAUCAAAAACUAUACAAAUUUAUGCCCAAAUUCUGAAUUUUAAUUGA